AUGGAAUUUCGACUCAAUAGGAUGCACAAAAGCGUGGAAUUGGUCUACGCAUUCGAUGUCGAUUACAUUCACGAUCCUGCGACGGUGCCAGAAGAGUUCACACGAAUGUUGCGCUCUUUUCCUCAACAUGUCGUCAAGAGCAUCUUGCUCCUCGCGCCUGCUUGGUACACAGGACCAUCUGUCGAUUCGCGUUUUUAUCAAGAACGUCAGCAACAAGAAUCAACGUGGCGGAAGGCUGGCUUUGAUGACGAUAAAGGUGUCCAGUUCCCGUUUGGAAUUUCACCGAUGCAUGCUUACAUCGAAGACGCGAUAAUGCAGAACGCGUUUUAUGAGGCGAAAAGUAUUCUAGACAGACAACAGGAUGCGCCGGCCGCUGAUUACCGGACAAAACCGCGGCUUCGCAUCUGUGGCGGGACGGGGAACUUGACGCACGACAGCGUCUACGAACGCCCCGUCAGCUACACAUUGUUCGACAUGAUCGGCCGCUUCCCAAAGGAAAACCCGGAUAAAACAAAGUGGGGCGCUCUGGGCUGUCCGGUGCCCGACGACAACUGUCCAAGUGGCGACAUCUUAAUGUGCAUGCUCGACGAGAGGGGAAUCCAAGGCUCGUGGGUGCUCACCUCUCUCGUCGGCUUCCUGGUGAUCUACUUCUUCCUGCACGCAGCUGCCAUCCUCCAUCGCAAGAAAAACGAGCUACAGCAACUGAUGAAGGGCCCGAACAAGCUGAUGCUGACGUACCAGGACGUCAAUUUUUCUGAGGAAAAUUCGGAUAAUUCCAAAGGCGGGAAAAAUAAUAAGGAAUCGAAGAAGGACAAAAAAGCUUCAAGACGGCAAAAAGCUUCGCAAGGAGAAGAAGAUGAGGAGGAUCAAGAGAGGAAGAAGGAUGAAGAGGAGGAAGAUGAAGGCGUUAACAUGACCGAGUCGAGUGGAAACCUGUGCUUCCUCAAAGGCGACAUCGUUUACAUCAAGAAGUUUCCGACGACUUUCGAACCGAGGCAAAGCUUCAAACGGGAACUAAAAGAGCUUCGCGAUUUGCGCCACGAAAACAUCAACACCUUCAUCGGCUUCUAUUCCGGCCAGACGUGCUGCGGUCUCCUUAUGGGCUAUUGUCUCGGGUUCAGCACAGCACUUUUCUUUCCUCACUUUUAG